CUGUUGUGAUUUAUGUGGAGUGGUUCAAAACAGAAGUUAGUGGCGCGGGGGCGCGCGGGGGCGGGGCGCGCAUGCGCCGCGGCGCCGGGCCCGUCGGUAACUGCACAUUCUUGCAGGCGCGCCGGCAGCGCCGUUACGGCGGGUGUCGGCGUGGGCCGCGCCGCGCCGCCUGAUCCUCCGAGUUCUGUCCGUUUGCUCCGGGGCCCGCCUUGGAAACUCGCCGAGCGUCUCGCCUCUCGGCUUGCCUACCAGAGAACGCGGCAGGGAGCCGCCGGUCGCUGCGGGUCCUGCUGCCGAGCGCCGGCCCAUGGCCACGACGAAAGGUGUUGUGGCGGUGUCUGGCAGUGAGACUGAGGAUGAGGACAGCAUGGACAUCCCCCUGGACCUCUCCUCUUCUGCCGGCUCAAGCAAGAGAAGGCGAAGGGGCAACCUGCCCAAGGAAUCCGUCCAGAUUCUCCGAGAUUGGCUGUAUGAACACCGAUACAAUGCCUAUCCCUCGGAGCAAGAGAAAGCAUUGUUGUCCCAACAAACACACCUAUCUACCCUACAGGUCUGUAACUGGUUCAUCAACGCCCGGCGCAGACUCCUCCCUGACAUGCUGAGAAAGGAUGGCAAAGAUCCAAAUCAGUUCACAAUUUCCCGCCGUGGGGCCAAGAUUUCUGAAGCAAGCGCUGUCGAGUCCGCAGUGGGCAUCAAAAACUUUAUGCCAACUCUAGAGGAGAGCCCAUUUCAUUCCUGUACAGCUGGUCUAAACCCAGCCUUGGGGGGGCCGCUGUCCCCUAAACCAUCGUCUCCAGGAUCCAUUUUGGCACGUCCAUCAGUGAUCUGCCAUACCACUGUGACUGCAUUGAAAGAUGUGCCUUUCUCUCUCUGCCAGCCAGUUGGUGUGGGACAGAACACAGAAAUACAGCAAGUAGCAGCCAGCAACUUUACAGACACCUCCCUCAUGUACCCGGAUGACACAUGUAAAUCUGGACCAAGUACAAAUACACAGAGUGGGCUUUUCAACACUCCCCCUCCCACUCCACCGGACCUCAACCAGGAUUUUAGCGGAUUUCAGCUUCUAGUGGAUGUUGCACUCAAACGGGCUGCAGAGAUGGAGCUUCAGGCAAAACUUACAGCUUAACCCUUUUUCAAGCAAAACAGUUAUCAAACAUGAUUGCCGGGGUGAUGGCAAGAGAUGAAUUGCAUUAUUUUAUAUAUUUUUGUAUUAAUAUUUGCACAUGGGAUUGCUAAAGUGAAGCUUCCUGUUACUGAAAUGUCUUCAAUGGAAUACAGUCAUUCCAAGAACUAUAACUCAAAAGCUACUGUAGAAACAAGGGUUUUCUUUUUUUUAUGUUUCUUGGUAGAUUAUUCAUAAUGUGAGAUGGUUCCCAAGAUCAUGUGAUUUUUUUUUUUUCCUCCUCCCCUGUUUUGGUUGGUUUUUCAGACUGUGCAAUACAUAGAGAACCUAUAGCAUCUUCUCAUUCCCAUGUGGAACAGGAUGCCCAUUGUCUAAUAAUUUCCCCUUUUUUUUUCAAGCAAGUAUGAAUCUAGU